CCAAGAACGAGCUAAACUCACACUCCGAUGUCCUCAGACGAACCUCCAAAGUCUACGCUUCCUUAUCCGCCCGUUCAUACGGGCAAGAAAUUCGUCGUACUGUCCGACUGGGAUGGCACGAUCACGACGAGGGACUCGAAUGACUUCUUGACGGAUAACCUUGGAUAUGGUGCUGAAAAGCGCCGACAAGGAAACUUGGAUAUCCUCUCAGGCAAGGUACCAUACAAAGAGGCCUUCCACGAGAUGCUCACCAGCGUCUCCAAGAACGGGCAUACGUUUGAUGAAUGCAAGGAGGCCAUGGUGAAGAACAUCAAACUGGAUCCCGGAUUCAAGGAGUUUUAUGCGUGGUGCAAAGCCCAUGACAUCCCCGUAGUGAUUGUCUCCAGUGGCAUGACCCCCUCCAUUCGUGCCGUACUUUCCGCGCUUGUCGGAGAGGAGGCCGCCAACGAUAUUGAUAUCAUCUCGAACGACGUGGAAAUUCACCCAGAUGGCUCCUGGGAGCUCAAAUACCGCCACCCCACGAGUGCUUAUGGCCACGACAAGUCGCAAGCCAUUCUUCCGUACCGAGACCUCCCUGAACCGCCGUUGCUAUUCUUCUUCGGUGAUGGCGUUUCGGACAUGUCCGCCGCCAAGCACGCAGACGUCUUAUUCGUCAAGACUAAGGAGGAUGGUGAGAAUGACCUCCACGCAUACUGCGACCGCGAGGGCAUCAAGCACAUCCUCUUCCCGGACUUCUCCCAUGCCUUGACGGUAGUGAAAGAUAUAGUGGAGGGAAGGAAGACCGCUGCGCAGGCAUUGGAAGCCGGGAAGGCGUACUAAAGCAGAAUUCGAUAGAGGGCAUCUAUGAAUCUAUGUACACUGUAGUGAUAUCACCGCGUUAAGCACACCGUUGUGGUAAC